AUGGAUCUAGACAUGUCUGAUGAUAAUAUAUUUGAAACUAGUAUGGAUUCAGAUGAAAAUAUUUUAGAGACCAAUAUUGGGGCUUUGGAAAAUUCAUUUAUAAGUGCUAAGUCCUCUACAUCCUGUGAACCAGUUUUCACAGAUGGUUCAAUAACUAAAUCAAAUUUCACUUCUCGUGAACUCGAUUUUGAUACAUUUUCUAAAUUCAGAGACAAUGAUUUCACAUAUAUGUUACCAAAGUCUUUUCUCGGUAAAGUAUCUCAUAUGGUACCUAUGCCUAAAAUAAUAAGUGAUGAAAACAAGGACCCUAAAAUUGAUUUUGUUGUAAGCUUGAUGAAUGGUGAUUUUCUUGUUUUAAAAAAAGGCUUCCCGCUUGCUCGAUGUUGUAUUGGUUUCCCUGCGGAACAAAUUCUAAUACAUCCAGUAAUGAUACAUCAAGAAUUACACUUGUAUUUCAUUUUAUCUAACAAUGAUAAAGUUACGAUAGUCAAAUUAUUAGGCAAUGAAUUGCAAGUGAUGAAAAAGUAUAAGAAUGUGAUAAAAUACAAUAUUGUCCCAGAAGAUAAUCAUAAUGAAACUGUUUUGUUUAAUUUAAAACUUUACUAUAAUGACUCAAGUCAUAAAUUGGACAUUUUUAAAUUAUACACUGACGAAAUUGGUGAGGAAUCAUUAAAUAAUCAAACAGAAACGUUCGAACAACUAAAACAUGAUUUGAGAUUCACUCAAGAUCUGCUCGAAUCGAAACAAAAACUUUUGAGAAAGCAAAUUGAGUUAAAGGAAGAAAUAUUUGAAGAUCUAGUUUUAUCAAAUAAUUCAAGUUCUUCCACUAAAACUUAUCUAGUAAUUUUAAAGACGAAUUGGGUAUAUAUCUGCAAUCAGAAGCUUGUAAUAGGAUUUGUUUUUGGCAAUACUACAAGUGAUUCUAUUGAUGAUUUUGAUUUCAUGAUUACUUCAUCAAAUUUGGACAUUGUAAGAUAUACAACUGCGAUAUAUUCAAAACAUGUACGUUGUAUGACACAAUCGACUCAGGAUGAAGGAUUCGAUGUCUUUUUGGGUCCUUAUCACAUCAACGGUGAGCAGUGGUCCAGAACAAGCUCAAUAAAACCAGGUGAAAAUAUUUUCAUCGCUGUCCUGUCGCCACCUCGAUUAAAUCUUCAUAAUCAUGAAGUAAUACUCCAUACUGUUUUACAUUAUACUCUCAGCGGAGAUAAUUUGCAAACACCUACUGUUGAUGUUACAUUAAAUGCCAGACAGAUAUUAGGCAACGAUCUUGUGCCAAAAUUUAUGGAUCCAAAAAUAUCUAGUCAAGAAAUCUUUAGCGUACUGGCUGCGAGCGCUCGUAUUGUAGAGCUAAGCAUAAUUCCUUCUAAUAAAGAAAUUAUUUGUUCUAUGCUAUCAGCCUUAGAAACUGAAAUGAAAUUUCAAUCUAUCAAGAAUCAAUCAGAAGGGUGGGUUAUACACUUAUAUCCUUCAAUGCUCCAAAAUGGAAUUUUGCUGAAAUUAGGAUUUUCAGAAAAUGGUGAAGCUAAAUGUACGGUGGCAGCGAGAAGUGAUGAUCAUCUUUUGCUACUUAUUCAAGCUAUGUACAUGAAUCUGCCUUGCGGGUUUGCUAUUAUUUCAGAGCGAACAAGAUUAAUACAAAACGAAAAGUUGGAUUCAGAUAAAAAAUUAGCGGCUGCUAAAUCUUUAGAAAGCGAAAUGUUGAUCUUAAGGAAAAUUUUAGGAGAGCAUGGCGAGAAAUGUCCUGACGACAUUGAUAAAUGUCUAGUUCGCUGCAAUAAUCAUGUUAAUAAUAUGAUAUAUCAACUCAUAGAUCAAGAGGACAUAACUGACAAGAUUAUAUCACAGUUAACAAUAUGAAAA